AAAAUCAAAAUUUUACUUUUUCCACAAAAUUUUUAUUCUUUGGUUUAAGGUGGUUUUAAAUAGAUUUUAUCUCCAUAAAUAUGUAUAUUCAAAAUUAUAAAAAUCCUUUAAAUUCUUCCUUAUUUAUAAUCCCAGCUUAGUGAUGCGGCUUAUGAUCUCCAUGGUGAGGUGGAUGCGGCUCUGGAUGGUGAUCUCCAGGAUGACCAGGACCCUUUGGUGGGUGUGGGUUGUGUGGCUGGUGAGGUGGUGGAGACAUUUUUCCAAUAGCAAGUGAAAUUCUUAACUGAAGUUUAGCCUCGAUUUCCACACUAUAUAUAGUGGCAGGAAUACGAUUGAGGUAUUGGUUUUUCCAUCAAAACUCUUUAUCAGCCGAGCGAUAAAGUCAGUUUAGUAUUUGACGUUUCAUAUCGGAAUUUCCCAAAUGACAAAGCAAUGGGAAAAAUAAAAAUCUAGCCCCCCCUUGGUUUUCCAUUCUUACAUGAUUUAUUUAUUCGUAUGAUUUGUUUCAGUUAGUCUGUAAUAUUUUUAUAAUUUUGAGUAAAAUUUUCUCGUGUAAAAGAUAUGAAAAACAAUCUCUGGAAUACGCUGCAGGAAGUGGAAGAAGUCAAAGUUUCUUUUGAGCAAACCUUAAGGAAUAUCAAUCAUAUCCAAAAUCGAUAUAAUAUGGUUUCAGCUCUAAAGAGAAAGGCUGCCAAACGCAAGGAAGCUUUCGAGGCAGAGAUCCAAGGGUGCUAUAACAGAGACCAAAGCGCCCACAAAAAGAGGGUCAAGAAAACCAAGGCAGCCUGCUAUGUUAAUCAGAGUAGUCAUUUGGCUAUCGCUCCUAAUAAUACCCUAUCUGAGAAUGACCUGGUGGAACCAUUCGUGUGCCUUGAAACCAACUGCAUCUACGAGAUACAUAAAACCACAACUAAAUUGGUGACCCGGAAGCCUUAUGGUGCUCUCAUCAGGAGACUUUACCGAUCAGCCAAGAGGAAGAAUAGGCAGCAGGAUCAGGAUGAGGAUCUGAUGUGUCCAGACUUGAAUACCUACUACUGUUCCUGCUCAUCUUGCUGUGUUGGAAUGCCUGUAAAUUGAUUGUGAUUUUGUGUUGCAUAUUUUUAGGCUGGCGGUAAUAAGCUUAAAAGUUUCUAGCCAAAAUUUUGUAUAAUCAAUGAAAUUAUUAAAUAUUAAAUUAAAUGAUGUUGAAAAAGCAA